AUGCUCCUCCCGGAAUUCCGGGUGAACCUGGUGAUCCUGGAAAACCUGGAUGCAUUGGUCCACGAGGUCCGCCAGGACCAGACGGGACAGAGGUUUCUAAUGGACAGGCAGCAAGGCGAGGUUGUAAAGGACGUGCUGGUCAGAGAGGUCGGCCAGGGCAACGCGGACCAAGAGGUGAAAUGGGACUCAAAGGUCGUGAUGGAGAAAACGGAGUAUGUCCUACUUACUGUGCGAACGACGGAGGAGCUUUUCAUCCUCGAAGGAGAACGGAACGGGCCGGGCAGAAACGGCUACUCUUGCGGUUUUUGUCGUGCCCUGAAGUGGAACAACGAUCGUGUGAUCAGACGGACGGACGGUACUGACGUAUCGUCGUCUGAAGUCGUCGGAGGUCGUCGCCAGGUGUGUCCUCACAACCUCGUAUUACAGGUGCUGGUGCUGACCGACCACCGACUCUCGUCCUGCCCUGACUUCCAACCAGUGCUGCAGCUGAGGUACGGCAAGGGCACAUUCGCCCUCGAUGCGGUGACACGCUGCCGCACCGCAACGCUGUGCUUGCAUUGCUGGACAGAGGAGGCGACGACGCCGAUGGUCCACUUCCUUCAGCUGGCCGCUUGA